AUGGAAGACUGUGAAGAUUAUGAUACAUCAAGAUCAAAUACUCCCGAACUAGACAAUAAAACAUUUGAUGAUAAUCGACAAAACAAUAAUAAUAAUAAAUCAAUACUAAAUCCAUUUUCACAUUUCAGUCCGUAUUCACCACUAUCAGUUUUGUCUUUAUGCAAUAGUCCAUUAUUUCUAACACCAUCGCCAGCACCGUCCAAGUCAACAUUUAAUCUUUUCAAUCGAUCAAUACCAUCUUCUAUCUCUAUUUCCACAUUAGAACAAACUAAAUCCUCAAAUAGAGUAAAUUUUAGAAGUAUCGCUGAACUUGCUACUAGUUCUAGCACCCCUAAUUCUAAUUCACACGAGGAUAGUGGAUAUAAUUCGAUAUUAACAACAUCGGAAAACCAAAAAAUGUCAUCAUCAAUAGACAACGAUGAUUCAUGUGAUGAAUCUCAAGAUGAAAAUGCUCAAGUUUCAGUUGAGAAAAAGGUGGAUUCAUCACUAGCUAAAACUGACAUGAAUGGAAAGAAAAAAAAUCGUACACAAUUUACCGAUAAUCAGAAAUGGGCAUUGGAUCGUUUUUAUGCUACUCAAUCAUAUCCAGAUCCAUCACAAAUGGAAUUAUUGUCGAGACAAUUAUCAUUAGAAGAAAAAGUGAUACGUGUCUGGUUUCAAAAUAAACGUUCAAGAGAUAAAACACGUUUACCUCGUUUUUCACACCAUUCUCAUACUCAAACAACAACGCCUAUGAAUUCAACACCAACACGAACAAUUGCACCAUCAUCGUGGCCAUUUGCUUAUAAUCCACCAUUAUUUUACUAA